CCGCUUGUUUACGUUUGCCGCAUCUGACACGACAUAAACAAUACAAAACUUUACCGGGAUCACGGCUUGCAGAAAGUUUGCAAUAAAAUCAUGAAUUUAGAACCAAUUAACAACGCUCUCUCUCAGUUGCGCGUGUUGCGCUCGAGUGUAGGUCAAGUGUUCGAAACGCUUGGCACAGGAGUGCGUGCAGACCAUGGCGAAGAGGGCAAGGAGCAGAAGUUUCUUCAAGAGCUACAGGAGCUACUCAACUCGGUUAACGCUAAUCUCAAAGACUUUGAAUCCUGCAUAAACGAUCUAACGCCACCCCAGACGCCGCUGACCCUUGCCAACUCGGCAUACCUGUCGCUGGAGACGAACCUCGAACGGCAGGCACUGUAUCCGCACCUGGUGCAGAGCUACAAAUGGCACGACAAGCUGCACGAGUACAGCACCUUCGCCUCGACGCUACUGCAGCAGAACUCGCUGAAACGCUCGUACUACACCAACACCAAGCGCCGACGGUCGCUUCCCUCGAGCCAUCUGGCCACACCGCAAAUGGUGGAAAAUCUGAUCGGUAGCAUACAUUACAACAACAUGAACCUGAAAAUUGCACGCCCCUUUAUGACGAAUGCAAUUUUACACAUAACCAUUGCCCGUGUGCUGCGCGCUGCAGUCAUACUGAAGGGACUGCUGAUCGAAUGGGUGACGGUGAAAGGGUACGAGGAGUCACUGCUGGACGGGGUCGAUGAGCAAUGGACCGAAUCGAGACAUCAGGUAUUCCGCAAGGUGCAGGAUCAUGCACAUUCGGCAAUGUUGCACUUUUUCUCACCCACACUGCCGGAGCUGGCCAUACGCAGCUUUAUCACAUGGUUCCGAAGCUACGUAACCCUUUUCGCUGAUCCGUGUAAAAAGUGUGGAAAACAUCUGCACAAUACACUUCCACCGACCUGGCGCGAUUUACGAACGUUGGAACCGUUUCACGAAGAAUGUAAGCAGUAACAGCGGAAGCUCGAGUGAAGUAGAUUACAGCAUACAUGGGCGUUCGCUAUGGACUGGACAUAGUACUCCGUGCCAGUUAUCACGGCGUCUGAACGGGUGGCAUUUUUCGGAAUAAAACAAAUUCCAUGCAGUAAAAUCAAUCAUGAUAAGCUCGUUUUCGGAUUCCAUUCCAAACUGCAAGAAACACACAAAUACGAAUACGAAUGAAUUUCCCUUCCACAAUAGUAACAAAAGAUUUAUUUUUGUAGUGUAUCCCUUGCAAUAUGUCCGUUUUUCGUUUUAUUUCGUUCGUAGUAUAAGAAUAACUCCAUUUUGGCCCCUUCGUAUUGGGGACGAUUUUUCACUAAAAUUAAUCAUUAUUGUCGUACUUUGUGCAACAUGGACCAUCUAAACCGAUUCGAUCCGCGAUGGAUUAAUGAAUAGUGCUUAA